AUGGAAACUAAGUUUGAGAUGAGCUCAAUGGGUCCGAUUAAGUUUUUCUUUGGUUUGAAUAUAAGACAGAGUCAAGAGGGACUUUUUAUCUAUCAGGAGGCUUAUACGAAGACAUUGCUUGUGAAGUUCAGAAUGGUAGAAGAUUCGAAGGUGAAGGUUCCAAUGGCAUCCGGAACGAAGCUAACACCCUCUUUGGAGAAACCAGUAGCUGAUAUGACUCUCUAUCGUCAAAUGAUAGGAUCAUUGAUGUAUCUAACUGCUAGUCAUCCAGAUAUUAUUUUUUCUAUUUGCUACAGUGUCUGGUUUCAAGCAAAUCCUCGCGAACCCUACAUGACUGCUAUAAAGACUAUCUUCAGAUAUCUUAAACGAACAUCUUCACAUGGAAUUUGGUACCCUUCUAGCUCAGGGUUUUUUGUGCAAGCAUUCUCUGACACAGAUCCUGGAGGUUGUGGUCUAGAUCGAAAAAGUACAAUGGGAGGAUGUCAUUUUAUUGAUGGCAAACACGUCAGUUGGCAAUUGAAAAAGCAAACAUGUAUCUCCCUAUCUACUGCUGAAGCUGAGUAUAUUAUAGUUGAGUGA